CCUACAGUUGUCAGGUGGUCGGCCUUGGCUCUUACACUUCGGAGAAGAGCGCGGAAUUUACUAUCUCCAGAUCCGAGACAUCUGACAGUGGUGUCCAGAAUGUAGUUAUAGUCCCUGAGCCCCAGUACCCACUACGGAACAGUUAUGCGCUCAUCAAGUGCCUCGUCUAUGCUGGAAGCUCGCAGAAUCUCAGGUACUCAUGGACGUUCGAAGGAGCCCCCAUUUCUGGUCAGCAUGAUAGCACACUGCAGCUUAUAAGUGCGCAUGUUUGUUUAAUGGUACAGAAGUGGAGAGUGCGAGGUCGGUACCAGUUCAGGGAAAAGAUAUCGUUAUGCACGGCAUACGCGGACCGAAGUAUUGGGUAGCCGGCGUGCCCGCCACCCUGGGGUGUGGAAGUGUCUCCUUGAAGACCACGUCGGUCAGCUACCAGUGGUUUGAAGGUGCCCACAUCUUAACGGGCGAGACAGGAAAGGCUCUCACCGUGACCAACCCAAAAGCUGGAUCCACCUGGUACAACUGUAUAGUCACUACAUCGAGGGGAACCAAAGAUUCCAGAUUCAUGUCAGUUCAUGUUUCAGAUUCUCCCAUCGCUCCUCGCGUACGUACUAGCGCCUAUCCGCUGCACCUCGGGGGAAGAUACACCCUGACAUGCGACUCCCUCACGCCUCUAGCCACUGCUACUUACAAGUGGACAAAAGAUGGCGUCGACCUCCCUUCCACUUCCCGCACCUAUUUGAUAUCCUCCAUGGCCGCUGAGAAUGCCGGAACCUAUAAUUGCUCUAUCACGUUGGGUAACAAGACCGUAAACUCCUCGUCAUCCUUGGUAGUGGAUAAACCCGGAGCUAAGGGGCUGGUCUGUGACGUUGAUGACGUCACUAAGCAGCAGUACCAGGGUCAAGGAGAUGCGUACACUGGGAACUGUAUCGCUGGCCGCUUUGAGUGCUCACUGGGGGCCAAGCUGGUGGCGAAUGGCUGCGUCUCACCUGACCCUCCCAGGGUAGUGCGUAACGUGACAGACUUGGAGCUGGGCGGCCGUUACACGCUGACCUGUACGUCUACUACAAGUGUGGCCGCGGCUACCUACAGGUGGAACAAAGACGUCCACGUUCUCCCGUCCAACUCCUCCACUUACGUGAUAUCUUCCUUGUCUGCGGCAGAUUUUGGAAGUUACACUUGCAGAAUUACCGUGAACGGCAAGACGUCCCAUUACGCUCAACCUUUGCCUGUGCAGGUUCAAGGAGAUCCGAAUCCUGCGGUCCGAGUCUCGGUGUCGCUGCUGCUUCUUCCGGUGACGGUUCUUGCCGUUCUGGUCGUGGGACUGAGAACUUAACCGGAUCUAUGACAGACUGGGUACCAGAAAAAAACCCUGAUUCAUGACAAACCGGAUACAGGACAAACCAGAAUAUACUGUUUUAGAUUUGGACCACUAAAACUAGACUUUUUUUUCUUUUCAGUUGAUUUUGGAAUUCACUAAAAUUAGUUUUUCCCCUUCUCAGUAAAUUGUUGACUUCAAUAAAGCUAGUUUUUUAAAAGCUCCCAGUUCAUUUUGGACUGAGAACAAAGUUUUAUUUUUCUUCUCAAUUAUUAGAAGUGUAUAAUACUCCUCAGAAAAAAGAAAGACUCGCAAUAGUUAAAGGCAGUUUCAGUCAAAAACGAAUCCAGAAAAGGAGAAACAUCUCAAGGACUGCCAACAUUAUUUUUAAGUUCUAAAAGGCUAUGUAUGUUCAAAUUUACUGUACAGUGGUUAAAUUGUAAAAUUUUAUUGUAAAUUUUUAUACACAUCCUUCAAAAUAAAUAGAUACUUAAAGUA